AUGCAGCCUUGGGCCCUAGUCAGCCCAGCCUCCCGCGGCAUUGGUCUUCACCUCGCUCGCCAUCUGCUCCGGAAUACGAACCUGCCAAUCGUCACCACCGCGCGAAAGGACUUGGGUCAAGCCAAGGAAUCAAUCCUCGAUGGCUUGCAGGACGUCGACGAAAGCAGGCUCAAUGUCUUGAAGUUGGAUGUUCUUGACGAAACUACCAUCCAAGAUGCAGCUUCCGCUUGCAGUGACCUGUUUCCAAAGAAGGACAACUACCUGCAUCUGUCCUAUGCUAUUCCCGGCAUCUUGUGUCCCGAAAAGUCUCCCCAGCAGAUUGAUCAUGAUGAUGCCCUUCUGACUUUCCGAACAAACACAUUGGGUCCCAUGAUGAUGCUUAAACACUUUGGUCCUUUCUUGCCGCGGAAGUCGACUCAACUUGCCCAGGAUGCGUCGUUGCCCAAGACGGCUGUGUGGGCCACCAUGUCUGCUCGCGUGGGCAGCAUCACAGACAACCAGCUUGGAGGAUGGUACUCAUACCGUGCCUCCAAGGCUGCCGUCAAUCAGGUCACAAAGACUUUUGACAAUCACCUACGAACAGCAUCUGGCGAGAAGGCUAUAGCUAUAAGUUUGCACCCAGGCACAGUCAAGACAAACUUCAGCAAGGAAUUCUGGAGUGGUGUCAAAGAAGGAAAGCUAUUUAGUCCAGAGUUCUCAGCCGAGAAGCUAUAUGAAGUCGUCGUAGGCAGGACUCUUGAGGAUAGAGGCAAGUGCUGGGACUGGAAGGGCGAAGAGGUGCCACCUUAG